CGCCGGCGCAGUGAGAUCCACGUGGUUGAAGAGCAGUAUCUGAUUGAAAUGGAGGACUAAGAGAGGCAUAACGGAGCUUGCUCGCUUUUUACAUUUAGAUAGUUAGGUUCAUUAGCGACGUUUUAUAUUAUUGACUCUAUUGUAUUGUUUUGUUAAACUGCCAUUAUGGGAAAGUCAAAGACCAAAAAACAGAAGAAGUCACGUUUGAGUGCGAACCAUGUGGCGGAAGAGGUGUUCGGUGCGGUCCCUCACUCCUUCGUGUUUCACCGUGGCCAAGGCGGCAAGAAUGUCGGUCAGCUAGUGGAGAACAUGCGUCGGGAGCCCUUCACUGCAGAAUCCCUUAAGGUGAGGAAGAAGAAUGUGCUGAAUGACUUUGUGGCUGUAGCAGGGCCACUGGGAGUGACACACUUCAUGAUCUUCACCAAGACGCCCAGCAGUGUCAACAUGAGGCUUGCUCGGCUGCCUAAAGGCCCUAUGCUCCAUUUCCGGGUGACCAAAUACUCCCUUAUUAAAGAUGUGGUCUCGUCACUGAAGAGGCACAGAAUGCAUGAACAGCAGUUCACACAUCAUCCACUGCUGGUCCUCAAUAACUUUGGCUCGGAGGGCAUGCAUGUCAAACUUAUGGCCACCAUGUUCCAAAACAUGUUCCCUUCCAUCAAAGUGCACAAGGUAGCCCUCAACGCCAUAAAGAGAUGUGUUUUGGUGAACUACGAUCCAGUGUCUCAAGAAAUUGAAUUUCGCCAUUACAGCCUGAAAGUAGUCCCUGUGGGCAUGAGUAGAGGAGUGAAGAAGCUGAUGCAGGAAAAGUUCCCCAACAUGAGCAAGUUUGAGGACAUCAGUGAUUUGCUGAUGAAGGGGGCUAAUCUUUCAGAAAGUGACGCAGAGCAAGAUGGAGAUCACAACAUAACGGAACUGCCACAGAUAUACUCUGGGCGUGGUAACAUGGCGUCUCAACAGCGCGCUGUGAGAUUGACUGAGAUUGGCCCACGCAUCACCAUGCAGCUGGUGAAGAUCGAGGAGGGAAUGGGAGAUGGGAACAUUCUCUACCAUGCAGUCAUCUCCAAGACUGAGGAAGAGCUUCAGGAGAUCCUGAUCCGAAAAGAGGCGCAGAUGAAAGAAAAGCAGGAACGGAAGAAAAAACAAGAGCAGGAUGUUUCCCAAAAUAAAGUGUUACUGGAGGAGAACAAGAAAAGAAGCAUGGCAGGCAUCAAGAGGAAGCGCCAGGAGGAGGAAGAGCAUGACCCUGAAGUGGAGGAUCCCGGGAAUCAGGAUAACAGGCCCACGGUUGUUGAAUCUGACGACGCGGCAGAGUACUACAGACAGGCUGUAGGGGAGGAGCCAGAUGAAGAUAUGUUCCCUGCAGCCAAGAGGAGGCAAGACCUGAAAGGCCCUCAGGAGGACCCUUCAAGAAGAGGAAACCGUUCUCUGGUGACGACAGGAAAAACAAAUAUGGUUCCAAGUCACCUCAUAGGUCCCGUCCGAGAGGGAAACCCAGAGACCGAAUGGGGGGUGACAUGGACAGGAAAGAGGGAAAGAGAUUUGGGGAUGGGGGCAAAUCUUUUGGAAAGAUGUCAGCAGGGGGCAAAAGGUUGGGAGGAAAAACAUUUGGUGACAGGGAUAAAAGAUUUGGAGGGAAGUUUGAGGGGGGCAGUAAAUUUGGGGGUGAUAGGGGUUCUAAGUUUAAGGGCAAACCUCGUCCUGGUGGUUUCAGGAAGGGUCCUAGAGGGAAUAUAUUUAUCUUUUUUCUUCCACAGAGAUGAACAAAUACCACUAUUGGGAGCCCAUUUGCACAGCCUUUUCCCCUCCUAUUUUCUAAUCUUCCACAGAAAUCAAUACACAAACAUGAUGGAUUACAACUCUUCUUGUCAUGGUUACAAGUUCCAAGUGCAGUUAUUGCCAACAAUGUACGGUGUUGAGUUCUGCGUGGCGUUGGUUGGUAACCUGUUUGCCCUGAGACUCCUGUCUACCAGGGAGAGGAACAACUGGCACACUGGUGUGGUGCUGUCCUGUAACCUGGCCAUCAGUGACCUGCUCUAUGUCCUCACCCUGCCCCUGCUCAUAGUCUACUACAUGCAGGACAAGAACUGGCUGUUUGGGAUCGCGGUCUGUAAGAUAGAACGCUUCCUCUUCACCUGCAACCUGUAUGUCAGUAUCUACUUCAUCAUGUGUAUCAGUGUGAACCGCUAUGUGGCCAUUGUGUACCCCUUCUUCAGCCGGAACCAUGUGAACCCAGCCAAAGCCAAGGCUGCCAGUGUCGUCGUCUGGAUCUUUGUGACAGCCAUCUCCUCUCCUGUGCUGAAGUUUGCCUCCACAUGUCCAGAGGGAAGCAACAAAACCCGUUGUGUAUCCUACUCCUAUUGCACCAACAGUGAUGCAGUUGCAGUUGCAUACACUCACUUGUUUUACAAAGUAUUUCUGUCUGUGGUUGGGUGUUUUAUUCCCUUCCUGGUCACAUUUGCAUCAUACUGCGCAGUGUUGGGGGCGGUGUGGAGGAAUGUGAAUAUAACCUCCCUGGAGAAACGGAAGGUGGCCCUGAUGGUGUUUGCAGUGGUUGUGCUGUAUGCCAUUUCCUUUGUGCCUUAUCACCUCCUCCAGUGCUACUAUUUCUACCAGAAGGUUCACAAACUUGGCUCUGUCUGCGACUGGGUGUACAAGGCCUACCAGGUGUCCAAGGGACUGGCUACACUGAACAUGUGCAUCCAUCCACUGCUCUACAUGGCUGUGUUUGAUAACAUCCGAGUCGCCUGCUGUGGAAGGAGCUCAGCAGAUAUGGCAAUGAAUAAUACAUGAACAAAAUGAUGCUCUCGCUGCUCUUUGGAUGCUUGCACUUAUGGUGUUUCUGAUAAGCAAGUGUUACACACAGUUGAUGACUUAUCUGUAAAUAACUGCAGCUAUAUGCACUUCCUUCCAAUGUUCUGAUGGAAGAUGUUUUUGAUGGUCAUGUUUCUUUUCAUGAUGUCUAAACUAUGCCCUCUUCUAUAUUCAUUAUUACAGUAUCAG